CAUUUAAUAUAUAAUACAGAUCAAAAGAUCGAGAACUAGACUACUUCAAGUGUUACAAUUCAAAAUUGUGUCUCAUUUCUGCAUUAAGUUAGAUUAUAUAUGUGAAAAUACAUUACUUAAAGUUACUGAUUUGUGCUAAUCUAGAGACUAGAUAAAAUCUACUUCUACUAGAUCUCUUUGUUAUUAUCUAGAUCUAGCUUUGUUCUAGACUAUAGAUGUGUUUUGUGCUGUAGACUCAGCCUAGAUCUAGAUCUAGAGUGGUUCUGUUGCUCUAAGUGGACUCGUGUCAACUAUGAUCCACUCUGGCUAAACCUGUGGAUAUUGAUUUCAAUAAAAUGUUGUUGAUUGAGGACACAUGCAUGUCCGACAUUUUUAGUAACAAUACAGUUCCAGACGAAUUCUACGUAUUUCCGGUUGACGCCCCCUCAGCGAUGUGCUUGGAGGUUAUACAGGCUGACUCGGGUGAUAUAGGAGACGUGCACUUCCACGACUUCGCCAGUCAGGACAAACAUCAGCAGCUACUUCAGCAGAGACAGCACCAGACACCGGACUCACCUUCAUCACAGACAGAGUAUGGCUCUAGAAGUCCAAGUGGCUCGUCCGACAGUGGCAAACAGUAUAAACCACAGUAUACAACAGAACUGGAAGUCUUGUGUAGGAUAUGUGGGGAUAGAGCUUCCGGUUUUCACUAUGGUGUCCACUCGUGUGAGGGGUGCAAGGGUUUCUUCCGGCGGACGUUGAAGAAGCAGCUGGUGUACAAACCUUGUCAAGCAGGAUCCAGGUGUAAGAUUGACACAGGAACCAGAAACAAAUGUCAGUACUGUCGCUAUCAAAGAUGUCUGUUUGCUGGGAUGUCCCAAGAUGCUGUCAGGUUUGGUCGCAUGCCUAAAGUCGAACGAGAGAAGCUGUUAGCAGACAGAGAAGAAUUGACCAGCACAAGUUCCCGUAGAAUCGUGGAGCUGCGGUCACUCACAGAUCUAAUCAAGGCUGCUUUUAGGGACACUUUUGGAAACACAGUGCUUUUUAAACAUCAGCACCGGCAACACCAGCAGCAGUUUCAUAUCUUGCAGCAGCAACAGCCCCUACAACAGCACAGCCUUAAGGUGCCUGGUACACCUUUCCACUGUGCCUCCUCACCUUCCCUGUCCUCCCCACCACCUGCCACCCCCUCAGCACCCACCUCACCAUCAUUGUUCACUUCUGACACCCAGAAUUCAGAACCACCAGAAAUCUUGGACACUCUAACAUCAGAGCAGUUCUUCUCCUAUGGAAUCUUUCAACGUUUCCAGGAGCUGGCACUUCCUGUCAUGGAAGGCAGUGUUCGAUUCGCUAAAAAGAUUCCAGGUUUUACCUCAUUAGCCAUGAGAGAUCAAAUCAUAUUGAUGAAGAGGAAUGGUUUCAUGGUGGUCCAUCUAGCUCUUCAUUCCCUAGUCACCCCUUCAUUCAUUCAACUAGACUCAAGGGACAGUGGACUGAGAAUACGGAGGAACUCAUACUACAUCUGUGACCAAAUGGCUAGGCUACUGGGGCAUGCCAUGAAUCUGAUUGAUAAAGUCCAUGCGCUUGGUCUUACUACUGGAGAGCUGGCAUUAUUUUCAGCUGUCCUUCUAACUCAAGAUUGUCAAGGCUUGUCAGCGUCUAAACAAGUUGAGGAGUUACAAGCCAACCUUAUAGAAGCUUUGCGACUGGAUCUAAAACAUAACCACCCUAAAGAAAAGGUUCUUCUAGCCAAGCUGUUAAUGCUUGUGCCAGACUUGUGCCAAAUCGUAGAGCAGUUCAGUGACAAUCUAAGAGCCCACAUAUUUGACACCACUGCCAAUUUCAGCCAUGUCAUGCCAUUACUCAAAGAAAUUUUUGAUCUUGAGCCAUCAGUGACAUUACCACCUUCACCAGCUGUAGGAUCUUCAACUUCAUUCAAAUCAACUCAUUAGGGUGACCGAGCCAUCAUCAAAUCAACUUACUCCCUAGUCUUACUUCUGUAAUUCAUUUGAAAGUUUGAUGUUCUUCAAAUUGAACACUUGUAAAUUCUUGUUAAAAGUAUGUAAUAAAUUAAUAAGGCUGUGUUAACUGGAAAAUACAAUGUUUCAAUGUCCAUGUUUCUCUCCUGAAAUGGUCUACAUCUGAGCAAUAAUUGUUGAAUGUUAUGCUAAUAUAUAAUGUAUCAUAAGUUUCAAAUUAUACAUUAUCCUUUUAUACACAUGUUGCUAUAAGUAUUGAUUUUAAUGUUUACAAUUCAAAAUAUUUCUCUUUUUGUUCUGGUAUUAAUAAAGCAUAGAAUUCUCAUUGUUUAUUCCAAGGGGUGUAUUUCUGAUGAUCAUGGGGAAUUUCUGCAAGACUGCACUUAGACAUUUUGGGUACUUAUGCAAGACUGCUACUUUAAGCACUUGAGAUUUGGGUGGUAGGGAUCAUGAGCUUAGCACUUAAGAGAGACUAUGCGAUAUUCUGAUUUUAAUUUCUGUCAUUCAUCCUUCCACUUCUUCAAAACAAAAUUUUAGCUUUGGCUUUUGUGGUGCUACUGUAUUUGAGUUUUGUUACGUGGGAGAGUCAGAAAUGAGUAAAGAUUCGCAAAAGAUUUGCUACCAGGUUGUGUGAUACAUGCUUUGAAUUGUCAUAUUGAUGGUCUGUCCACCGCCAUUCCCUGCCAUUUUGUGGGAGGUUUGGGCUUGGAUGUAAAAGUCUUCAAUUCUGAAGGAGUAGACAAAACUUGUAAAACAAGUACAACAAAAAGAUAAAAGUAAAGAACUCUCAGUUCACCACAGGAUGAGGUUUAGCCUCACAUGGUGACACUACCAUUUCUUCAUCCUCAAUAAUUCUACAAUUAUUUGUAUUUUUUUUUGUUUCCUUCAGUGGCAGAUCUUCAUCUGUAAUCCAGCGGUAUAAAAUAUGUUCUCGUCCAAUGAAAUCGGAAGAAUAGCUUUUUUUUUUUUUUGGCACAUUAGAUUCAAGGGAGGUCAGUGAGAAGAAAAUCUUGCUGUUAAUGCUAGAGCACAAACCAAAGCAUUGUCUUGCUGCAUUCUAGUUUAUCUUUGUUCAAGAAAAACUAAAUAUUUUAGAUGUAAUAUUUGGCUUCCCUUACUGAACAGAAGCUAUAUAUUUUUAAUAUAGGAACCUUUGCCAUAAAAGUCUUAUUUUCAUAUAUUUCAACUUAGGAAAUGUGCUGACCAUUUACGAUAUACUAUAAUGCUUGCAUAUGCCAUAAUAUCGUCACCGUCGUUUCAUUUUUUUUUCUGUGGAAGCCUAAAAAUUGUAUUUUUAAAAAAAUAUUAACGAUAAAUGAAAAUUGUAACAAUAGUUUCAUCAUUUUUGGUGUAUCUUCACAUCAAAGAACAUUCAAUUCUAUUCCAAAUGUUACCUAUCAAUAAAAAAAAAUAUAUGACCAUGACGAUAUUAUAUUUAUCAAUUAAAACUCAUUUCCAAAUCAUCUUUUGCAUUAUUGAAAUAUUUGUAAAAUAUAUAUCUAUACCGGUACAUAUAAAUUUAUAUAUAUGUCUAUAUAUGUCUAUAUUUUCAUAUCAAGUUCAAUUUUUACUUCAAAUUUAAGUGCAUUUGACUAGGCACAUUUUUGUUUAUGUGCUUUUUGCCUAUAUCUGGAUAUUAGUCUAACCAAAUUACUUUGAAUUCAUUGUAACUAUUUAUGUUACAAUGUAAUCCAAGCCUAAUAUACAGUCUGUUGUAUUGAAAAAGUGCCAUACAUUUGUUUAAUAUUUAGAUCAGAUUUGCAUUGACUUGUUUUGUUUUAGUUUUUCGCCUUUUAAUUCACCAAACUAAAACUUCAGCAAAAUAUUUGCUAAUGUUUUUCCAUCAAAAAAAUGCUUUACAUUAGAUGACAAAAAUUGUGUGUCUUGUUUAAAGUUUUUGAUUUGUUGUUGUUGCUGUUUUUUUUUGUUGUCUUUAACAAAUUUUUUGUUGUAUUUGAAUAGAAUCUCCACAGAGAGAUAGUAGCAUACACAAUGGAGUCAUGCAUAUUGUUGAUAAUGGAAAUCAUGUUUCUACACACAGAGGCGGCCUUAGCAGUACCCGAGGCCCAGGGCCAGUGUUAUAUACCCAGGGCCCCCCUGGGCGUGUGUCAUGCCCAGAGCCUUAAGCAUAGACUAUAUAUACCAUACCAUCUAAUGCUAACAGGCUCAUCCACCUAUAAUGCUGUAGGCCUUAUUGUUACAAAAUUACUUCUCUGUUUGACUGCAUUACAUUCUGUAUUGUAAUUGCUCUGCACGGUGCACCAAUCCUAUAAGAUUUUGUCCCCAGUAUUGAUUUUGUCCCUUUAAUUUACGUAACCAAUGAGGUAGUAACAAUUUGCAUGAAAAAUCAACAAACUAGAGAAUAAUAAGUAAAAAUAAUAAAAAUAGCGUGUGGCCCCCGUCAAGUACGAGGCCUGGGGCAGUUGCUCCAUUGGCCACCCUCUAAGGCCGCUUCUGUCUACAUAUGUACUUGAACUACAAACUCUUGAGUUGAUAAGAGGCUUUGACAUAUGUACAUAUUGGUCAUGUUGAUUGAAUGGAAAUAAUUUUAUCUGCAAAUUUGUUCUUUUUUUUUUUCCAAGUCUCAUGCCCAUCCGGUGUUGUCAAAAUUUUGUUUUAAAACCAAAGAAGCCUUUUUGAACCAUUCUUUUAAUAGUAGAAAGCAUAUAGUCGGUAAUUUUUAUAAUAUGGUUUUUGAUGCCUUUUUCCAGACUUGUUUUUGAUCGUUUUCAAAUAGAAUAAAUAAAAGAUGUAACUGUUGUCUCAAAGGAUUUUUUUUAAAGAAUCAAUAAUUUGAAGAUGAUAUUGUAAUAGUACAAAACCAAGAAUUGUAUUUUUGUUUCAACUAGUAAAAUAUUUAGCAUUAAGAGAUAGAUUCCCUUAGUUCUGGAUAUGCUUUCAAAACAUGAUAAAUCAUACAAUUUAAUUGUUUAUAUAUAGGCUAUAUAUAUAUAUAUAUAUAUAAUAAUAAUAAUCUUUAUUAUCCGUAAGGAUAUUAAAUAUAAGAACAAAUGUAGUCAAAGGUGCUUUUAAAUUUCAUUUCACAUUCUUUAAGUGCAAUACUUUCACCAGACCACACUUUGAGAAGAAAAAAAAACUCACAAAAAGUAAACUGCUUUUAUAGUCAAGUAUUGAUCCUAAGAAUUCUGGUGUGUUAAACUCCUUGUGUAGCAGAGAGUUGAUCAACUUUCAUUCCAUUCUAUUACAAAUGGCAUUGUGUUCAUUUGUUGUGUGUCUUAUACUGUAUCGAGUUUACUGAUAGAACAUAUAGUUUGAUGUAUAUAUUAUGCUAGUAGUCCUUUUGUGUUCUGCAUUGUUAAUUAGAUUUGGUCAUUUGCUCAAAUCUUACCUGGCCAUUGUGGGAGACACUACUACAGCUACAUCUCUACAUAAAGGGUUUUCCCUGCUGGCAUAUUUUGAAUGACAAAGAAGUUGUAUAAGCCCCGGUGUCGUUCCAUUGUUACUGAAUCUUGUGAUGCAUUGUUGUUAUUCUACAUUUGAUGUGCGCUGCGCUGAUUUGAAGUUUUGUUUCAUUUUCAACUAAAAAAAAAAGGGUAAAAAAAAUAUUUUGUUUUGUCAUGUUUGCUGAAAUGUUUUGUUUUUUAAUGAUAACAUUUUCUGUUGUUGGUUUCCAAGGGAUAUGUAUAGAGAACAAACAAGCCAUAUAGAACUAUAGUGGCUAUGUAUGUUAAUGAAUGAUCAGUUGUAUUAAAACAAAUAUUGCAGUAA